AUGAUGUCACACCUUCUGUCCCCAAGUGACUUCGGUACCAGCCUCAAGGACCGUGAGUAACUACCAAUACACAGACACACACAUGGAGACACACAAAUACAUGUAACUGUGAUGAUGUCACCUGCAGUUGAGUCAGUGUGAUGGCCAUACUCAGACAAUGCUUUUGGUAAUGCAUAUGGCUGUUUUAUAUAGGCAUGCAUUGCAUUUAGUUACUCAAAACACACCGACAUAGGACCAGGGAAAUCUUCAGUGAAUUGCUUUUUAUCACAGGAAUAAUCUGGGUCUGGGAAAGCAGAGUUGGAAAGGCUGAUUCAUUAGAUGCUUUUUUACCCAGAUAGAACAUUCAUGUGCCUCUGUUUACUGCAUUAGCCAUACAUGCACACAGUAAAAAACAUUAUGUGGAUUCUGAUGCAAAUACAUUUGAUUUGAUUUGAUGCAAGCAGUGUCGUGUAGAGAUUUUCCACUGUAUUGAGCUACAGUAGGCAUAAUCACCUUUAAUGCAUUUGAUUUUAAUGAAACUUUUUCACUCAAAGGUAAGUUUGUUGUUCUUGUUCAUCAGGAUGCAUGGCUAGCCUGCCAUGACCUGAAGCCAUCUCUGCAGCCUUGGCAGGUAGGGUUAGAGUUGAGUGGUUGUGUGGUGUCCCCUUUUCCUAAUUCAGUUCGAACAAACUCAGCCUGGGAAUGUUCAGUUACAGAAACAGGUUAUUUCCACAAACAUACACACAAACAUGCACACACUCACAUGUAUAACUGUGGCCAAGACUAUAGACGGACGGUAGAUGUUAUCAGAAGUUAAACAAGGUUUUAAUGGGCUGUCUCUACAUUAAUUAAGAGAAAUAUAUCUACAGUCCAUUCCAACAGUGUCCGCUUCAUACCCUUAUUAAGUCAGCUAGAGGUUCUGUAGAGUAGCUUUGUGGUGCUGAGUCUAGCUGACUUCCUGUGUCUAGUUCUGUGCCCUCAAUUGCUGUCGUUAUUGAAACUCUAAAUCACCCUGACCUCUUAUCCCCCUGAACCCCAGAAUGACUCCUUAUCCCCCAAGCUCUUCAUGCAUCAUUGUGUUUCUACCACAGGCACAGGACAUCUCUGAAACUCUGUCAUCCUGACAUGUGGCUUGUUGUAAAGCCCUGAGGACUCUUUUAGAUGUAUUUUAAUGUGACAAUCAUCAGGCCUAUUUGCAGACUUUCAUUAUUGUGGUGUGUGUGUGUGUGUGUGUGUGUGUGUGUGUGUGGGAGUGCAUGCGUGUGGGUGUGCGUGUGUGCGUGACCUCAGUGAACAUUGUGGCCAUGUUGCGUAACUUUUGGGAGCAGAAACAGGUGAAGGGGUCCAACAGCCAAUCAGAGGACUCGGUGAAGGGCUCUGUCAGCCAAUCAGAGGGCUUAUUGUUGUAUGAGUCUGCCCCUUCCCCAGGACCCCCUUACAUCUGCUACGUCACUCUACCUGGAGGAAGCUGCUUUGGAAACUAUAAGGUGACUGACAUUAUAACCAUCACAACCACAGCUACCUAAGCCACCUAAACCAGCACUACUCACAAAACAUUAUCGAGUUCCACUGUGGUGGAAAGCUAGGGUUGUUGUGGACAGGGGUAUGGGUGAGGUGGGGAAAGGGUUGGGGGUGGGUAGGGGUGAAGUGGGGGGUUAGGGUUGGUGGUAGGGGUUAGGGUUGGGGGUAAGGGUAAGGGUAGGGGUAGAGGAGAGGUGGGGGUAAGAGUUGGGGGCCAGGUGGUUAUUUCAUUAUCUCAAUGACAGGAGCCCACCAUGGAGUAGAGACAGUGUUUCCAUAGUGCAGCCAAAGACCACCACUGAGCAGCUUUAAAGGUGCUCUGUCAUUAGUGUGAGUGAGAAAACACCUGUCUGGACAGGAGUGCUGCUCAGCCUUGCUGUGGGUCUGAAUGGUGUGUGGAGGGUCUCAUUACUGCACAGCCCCUAAAGAGAGGUCCUUCAUCUAUACCCCUCAGACCCUGGGCAGUACACACACACAGCCUCUCAACCUGCUUUGAUGAUUUUAUUCAGCUGGAAUCCCGUGAUGCUUUUCAAAGGGCUCAUUGUGGCUCACACAGCCUCCCAAAUGGUGAGGCCCCAAAUGCCUUCUGAUUGGUUCAGCUGCCUGUGAUGUCAUAAUCUGAUUCCACAUUUGAUUGCUAAUCCCAUGAUUUGCUUUUAUAAACUCUCACAUGUUGAAGAAAGUAAUGAGAAACUAACCCAAGCAGAGGCAUUUUCUAGAUGGCCUUUAUUUCUGUUCCAGUCAAUCAUAUUCAUGCAAACAGUAAUCCCUCAUAAGCAGACUACUUAAACAUAAAUGGUACAGUAGCUCUGUCAUGAUACAACGGGAUGCGUGAGGUAACGAGCAGCAUAAGUUACGGUGCUUUGGACAAAUCAUGAUUUCACAGGUGUUUUCUUAUUUAUUUAUUUGUUGUAUUAUUUACCCAUCCACCUUCGGAGGACAAAUAUAUAUAUUUAUAUAUUCUUUUACAGCUUUUCUGCUACAUAUACAUACAUUUUACAUAUACAUUUUACAUACAUGGUACUUUUAUAUAAAGCAGUCACAUAACAAUAAUACAUUACCAAACAUAAACUCUUUAAUCCCACCCCUCAGCCCUUUCCACCUAUCACCAUAGAACACCCUCGUUUGGUUUCCAUGUGCCAUAUAUUUUUCACUUGUGCUGUGAUGUUUUACAUACAUUUUGAACCUUUCUAAUCGUAUAGUAUCCACAGAUUGUGAGCUAAAGAUGAAAACCUUUCCUACGAGUAUUAUUAUAUUAUUUAUUGACUGACUAGGGCUUUCCAAAUCGCCCAACACUGCUAUUUGUAAGGUUAAUUUUAAGUGAAUGUUGUGAUUCUUUUACCAUUCCUGGACCUGUGACGAGAAACAAGCUACAUAGGGGCAAUACCAGAAUAAAUUAUCUAGUGAUUCUGUCUCUUCGCAGCAAAAUCUACAGAGCUGAGAUUGUUGUAUGCCCCAUAUAUUUAGCAUUCUGUUGGUGGCAAGAAUUUUAUAUAAUUAUUUAAAUUGAAAAACUCGGAAGUGUUGAAUCAAGUGUUGUUUUUUGUACCAGUUCAUAAACCAUAUGCCAUUGAAUCGGUACAUCGAAAAUCUCUUCCCAUUUAUUUUGCAACCUGUAUGGUGCAGCUGUCAACAUUUUUGUCCUCAAAUGAAACUGGUAUAUUUUUCUAUUUAUGCCAAUUCCUUUCAGCCAAUUUGUAUCUUUAAUAUAUGGCAGGUAAACAAGUUCCCUACCUUCUCCCUUUUCCACAAGCCUCCUCCAUUUUUUGUGGUAAUGCUGCAAUCAGUUGGUUGUAAAUUUGGAUUGAGAAGACAUUCCCAUAUAUUUUCAAUAGCUGCAUAUGUGACAUAACUCCACCGUUUAUAUUAAUUAUAUCAUUAAUAAAUAUAUUACCAAUUUUAAACAUUUUAUUAAGAAUGUUUUUCUAUUAAUCAGUAUAUUUGAGUUUAACCAUAACAUUUGUUGUAAUUUUUGUUCUAUCUUUUCUGGAGGAUAAAACUGAAAUUGUAACCAGCUUUGUAUGGCUUGUUUAAGAAAAGGCGAUACUUUAAACAGGUGUUAGCAUCCUUUGAAUUUCGGAAGGGGAGGGGACAUUUGUCCCAUAGACUUGCCCAAUAACUUGGAAAGAGAGAAGGUGGAGCUCUUCAUUCUGGUUCAGAUCCUCGUUCUAUCUCUUCUCUUAACACGUAUGGACCCAGAACAAAAUCGAGCAUCUUACCAAUUACGCGAGACUUUGGUUCUGGGUUGACCGAGAUUAUGCAAACAGUGAUCAUCUCAAACCAACAACACUGCAAAUAUAAUUUACACAGUGGGACUUAUGUCUCCCUCUUUUCUCUCCACUUCCUCUCUCUGCCAACCUCCCACCUAUUUCUGUCUCUCUGUAGGAGUGUGAGACCCAGGCGGAAGCUCGUAGGGAUGCGGCGCGUGUCGCUCUGAUGAACUCUCUAGUGAACGAGCUGCCGUCUAGACUAAUCACUCCUCUUUUCAUCACACACAGCCUGCAGGAGGCUGCCUCCGCCAGCACCGUGAGUCUAGCACAGGACUAACUCUAGCACAGGACUAACUCUGGCACAGGACUAACUCUGGCACAGGACUGACUCUAGCACAGGACUAACUCUGGCACAGGACUAACUCUGGCACAGGACUGACUCUAGCACAGGACUAACUCUGGCACAGGACUAACUCUAGCACAGGACUAACUCUGGCACAGGACUGACUCUAGCACAGGACUAACUCUGGCACAGGACUAACUCUAGCACAGGACUAACUCUGGCACAGGACUGACUCUAGCACAGGACUAACUCUGGCACAGGACUGACUCUAGCACAGGACUAAUUCUGGCACAGGACUGACUAGCACAGGACUAACUCUGGCACAGGACUAACUCUGGCACAGGACUGACUCUAGCACAGGACUAACUCUGACACAGGACUAACUCUAAUUCACAACAACUAAGCAUCAGCAUGGCAGCAUGGAUAGGAUAGGAUAUCCUGAGUUAUUGAUUAUGAAAAGCUCUCUUCUAUGGGCUGAUAUCAGAUGUGUCAGUGUUUAAGUGUUGUGUUACUGUAUGUUGCAUCCAGGUCUCUGUGGAGGAUGCCUGUGAUCCUAGCACCAGUAUAGGAACCUAUUGUCUCCUGCUCCAGUCAUACACUGGCAGAACCAUGUUGGAGUUCCAGGUAAGGACAGGAUUAUCAUAGGAAUUUGUUAUAGGCUAAUUACUGUAUGUUAUAAUAUAUCUUUGCUGGUCUGAUAAUUAUUUUCUCUUGCACUACAAACAUGAUCUCAUACGGACUCUUUUUUUACUUUUUGCUGAACCUAUUCUUUGACCUCCACCACCUGUUCAAAGCACUAGCACUCGUUUCAUCGCACUAGUUCCAUCUGUUUCUGAUCAUUACCCUUAUCAUUUAUAACACCGUCUAUGGAUACAUGGCAGCCAUCCAGCCAGACAGUAUGCUCUCAAUCACAGCUUCAGCAGACAGGCUUGGAACAUAAAUGUUUCACGUAACUUUUCAAACUAAUCACACACAGUUUGGUUAGGGAUUAGAAACAUACUUUGAUAAUCUAUCAUCCCUUUCCUGCGUAAUUACACAAUUCAUACUUGUCAAGUUUCACUGAUAAUUUUGUAUGCCGUUCUUUUAUUGCUCAGGUCUAUUAGGGCUCUCUCUCUCUGCGCAGACGAGAGAGAGCGAGCGAGAGGAGGGAGAGAGUAGAGAGAGAGAGAGCGAGAGCUCUCUCUCUCUCCUCCUCUCUCUCGCCUCCCUCUCUCCUAUCCUCUCUUCUCUCAUCUCUCGCUCUCUUCUCUCUCUCUCUCUCUCUCUCAUCUCUCUCUCUCUCUCUCUCUCUCUCUCUCCUCUCUCUUCUCUCUCUCUCUCUAGGAGGGGAUGACGGUGUUUCAGUUGUUACACUGGAACGGGACGUUGAAGGUUCUAAGGGAGAGACAGUGUUCCCGCCAGGCAAGUCCCUCAUCUGGAUAUUCAGUUAUAUAACUGACCCUAUAAUCCUCUACCCCAUGGGUGGCCAAUCUUUGAUUUGUUUGAAUCAGGUGUGUUACUGCUUGGUUGUAACAAAAGUCUGCACCCACACUGGCCCUCUGCGGACAAGAUGGAUACACCCCUGCUAUUCUCACAUCAGAGGGUGCUACAUCAAGCGCACCGCCUGAUUGGUUAUUACUCUUUGCCCCCACAGAGUGUGAUUGGUUAUUACUCGCAGCGGGAACUGGAUGCCAGCAUGCGCAGCAGCAUGGCUCUGGAUUGGCUGGGCAGGGAGCGGCAGACUCCAAGGCUGCUGAGGAUGGAGCUACGAGCAGCACAGAGGGAACUGGACGUGGCUAGGCGUCAUGGCAAUGAACUCCGCUUCUACAAGGAGAAAACAGAGAUCCUUAGCCUGGCACUGAGUCAAGCAUUCACACACCAACCACACACAGAUUCACAAGAAUCACCUGAACCACACAUACACCACCAAUGAGUCGCACAUACACACACAAACUACAUGAACCACCUGAACCACACAUAAACUACGAACCAUUAACAAUCCAGACAAAGCCCCUGAUCCACACAUGAAACCCUGAACCACCAUACAUACACCCAGCUAAGCCUUUUUACAUAGAAAGUGAAUGUUGUCCCUGGUGGUAAAGAGAUCAACUCAACCAUAGAACCUGCGGGUGGAAUCAGAUGAGAACAACAGAUGCCGUGUUCACAUACU